AUGGCUUUUAUCUUCUCUAACAACCUGUAUCGAUCAGUCGAAGCACGUCAGCUAUGCAAGGCUGUCGGUAUCAAAAUGGUGCCCUCGGCGUUAGUGGUCCAAAUGGCGCAAAAGGCCGGCUUCGACGCUCUCUUCAUCGAUAUGGAGCAUUCGACUUUGUCCAUCCACGAGACCAGUCAGAUGUGCACAGCCGGUUUAUUGGCAGAGGUCACCCCGUUCGUCCGUGUGCCGCAUCAGUGCGGAAAUGGCCUGAUACAGAAAGUGCUUGACGGGGGCGCCAUGGGCGUUAUUUUUCCACAUAUCGACUCAAAAGGCAGGUCUCGCGCUGGGGGGAAGACUUCCUCCGGCAACAUCAUUCUGCAGACACACACUGCAACCAUCAGAUUGAGCUAG